AUGCAUAUUAAUAACAAUUCAAAGUUUGUUAUUGAAAGUUAUAAACCGGAACAACCUUAUACAGCACGUUUAAACAGAAUUUUAGAGGAAUAUCCUGAUGGCACUCAAGUCUUACGGGAAAUUCUUCAAAAUUCUGAUGAUGCUGGAAGUACUCGCCAAGACUUUAUUUUGGAUUAUAAUACUUAUGGUGUAGAACGUUUGUAUGAUAAAGCCCUUUCCAGAUAUCAAGGUCCGGCUCUGUUGGCACUGAAUGAUUCUUUAUUUCGAGAUGAAGAUUUUCAUUCAUUAAUAAGAUUGGAAGACAGUGUAAAGAAACAAGAAUAUAAUAAAAUCGGCGCCAUGGGACUUGGGUUUAACUCUGUCUACCAUUUAACUGAUGCACCUUUCCUUAUAAGUGGAGAAAAUUUUAUUUUUUUUGAUCCACAUGAACGUGGCUACUUUAGUGAGAAGUAUCGCGGAUAUAAAAUUAAUUAUGUUAACUCGGAUUUUCAAUCAAAUCAUCCGGACCACUUUGUCCCUUUUCCAAGAUCAUCAGAUGGAGGUUACGAAGGCACAAUAUUCAGAUAUCCUCUACGUACAGAAGAUGAUGCAAAAGAAUCUAAGAUAUCUAAAAAAAUUUACAAGCCAGAAGAAAUUUUCCAAAUGUUUAAAAAAUUUCAUGAUAUCGAUAAUAUAUAUUGCUUGAUUUUCUUAAAAUCAAUUAAACAAAUAUCAUUUUAUCAAAUCAAAAAAGGCAGCAAAGAAAAAGAAUUGUUAUACAGAAUUGAAUUAACAAACAAUGACGAAAUAAAAGAUCAGAGAAGAAGAAUUGCAAAUGAUAUUCCAGAAAUAAUGAAAUCCUUACCAUCUGCUGUAGAAAAAAAAGAAAACUCUGUCAGCACAGAGAGUAUUAAAUUGAUUUACAAAGCAAAUUUUAAAAUUGAAUCGUUUGUCGAUGAUGAAAUCAAAUCUUCUUCGAGCGAAUGGUUAAUAAUUAAUUACUUGGGCGAUGUUAAAGAAACAAACGAUCAUUUUUAUGAAAAAUUUAAAAAAUAUAUUCGUGACUAUAAAUUCGUUCCAAAUGUUGCGCUUGCAGCUAGAAUCGAUAAUGUGACCGAGAACAGUGGUGGUUUAUUUUGCUUUUUGCCAAUACCCGGGAUUAUUCAAGAAUUUUCAAUAUUGGUGAACGGAUAUUUUGCUGUUAGUAAAAAUAGAAGAAAUAUUGAGGCUUUUGUUAAUGAUGAUUUGUCCGAAGACUCUUUGCCAAGAUUAAGAGCUUAUUGGAACAAAUAUCUUUUCACACACCUUAUACCAAAUGCAUGGGAGACGCUUCUAAAGGAGUCUCGUAACUAUGUUAACAAAGAUGAUAUUUAUACAAUUUGGCCAACAUCUAUUAAUGCCAACCAAUCAUCAUCUGGAAGCUCUAGAUCAUUUCUAUGGAAGGAUUUAUUGCAAGAUGUCAUAAAGCUCUCAAGUCCUGAUUUAGAAAUAUAUCGUGGUCCCUCAACAAUUUCUGAAUUAAAUAAUAACAAAGGUUAUCUAUCUUUAAAAAACGGAUUUUUGGUUGAUGAAAAUUAUAAAAAUUUUGAAAAGAUAUCAACCAUUUUGGAGAGUAUUGGGUUUCCAUUGUUUGUCAAAAUGCCAAAAUCAAUAAUCGAGGCUUUAAAAAAUUCUCAACACGAAAGCUUAAUAAAAUAUAUUACACCAGAUUUUGUUUGUAAAUAUUUAUUGAAAAACUUAAAUAAAUGGCAAAAUUAUUGGGAUUAUGAUUCCAAAAUUGAAAUAUUGGAAUAUGUCAUCCAAACACAAGAUGUCAGCGCUUUACACAAUUUACCCUUAAUUCCGUUAAGUGACAAAACUUUCGGAACCUUUGGACCAAGUAAUAAACCAACUAAAUUCCUUUGCCUUAAAAAUGAACAGCAUUUAAUUAGCAACAAGCAAGAUGUUGUAGAUAAUGAAAUUAAAAAAGGAAUUUGGGAUAGAUUAUGUGAAAUUGUUAAAAAUGAGUGUAACAUUAAUUUUACUUUCCUUGAUGAUAAUACCUUUUCUGAUUUCCUAAAAAAUUCAAUAACUGGAUCUUCAUCAGUAAAUCCUGAAAUUCGAGCAAAUGAUCAGGUUGAAUUGGUUUACAAAAUUUGGAAUCAUUUCGUAGAUACAAACAGAGAUUUGAAGUAUUAUAAAGACCUACAUCUCUUGAUAAUUCGGAGGAGAAAUACUUUAUACUUGCGAAAAUUAAGUGCUGAACCCAAAUGCUUAAAAUACGAUCACACCAAGAACGGCCUUCGAGAAACAGCCGAGAUCUUUAAAUUAUUGGGUGUUGUUUUUUUGGAGGAUCGAUUUUUAAUGCAUAAUAAAAUCACGAGAUGGGAAAAUAUUACAAAAUAUAUAAUUGAUAUUAAUGAAGAUAAAAUCAAGGUUUUGGAUAUUCUAAAUCCAAAUAAUAUGCAGGUUGAUUUUAAUCCCAAACAAAUCGAUAUAAUUGUUGAUUAUAUCAAUGAUGGAUUAAGAAAUGAAAAAGAUAUUUCAGAAGAUUUAAAAAAUACUAUUAAACAUCUUCGCAUAUUUAAUGAACUAAAUAAUAAUUUACUAAAUACAAGUAUCAUAAGCUCCUCAAAUAAUAAUAACAAUACAAUUAAUUACUUAUUACCGGAUGAAGAGGAAAAGAAACCUAUGCCUAUUAUAACACGUUCUGAUGUUAAGUUUUGGAAUAUAAUAUGUCCGAAAAAUAUUCGACCUAUACUAGAAGAUAUAUUAAAGAUUCCAAAAUUAGAACAAAAAACAUACUUUUUUAAUCAUGUGCUUCCGUACUUGGACAAAGCUACCCCUAUAUCUAAGGUGGAUCAAGUAAUUUCGGAUAUUUUCAAUAGAUGGGAAAGUUUAGUGUCAAAGCAAGCUGGGAUGUUGGAUAAAUUAAAAGAAAUUAGAAUUGUUAAAAUUAGUGACACGGGUAAUUUUGAGAAAGAUUUCAAAAAACCAAGUGAAAUAUAUACUAAAAAUAGCUCGAAAAAUUUCAUUAAUCUAUUCUUCAGGAACGAAACUAUUUAUCCGAUCAAUAACACAAGUGUUCCAAAUUAUUUCGAUAAAAUAGAAGUCUUGGGAGCUAAAUCAACUUUAACAGUGAAGGAUUUGAUUGAUAGAAUGAAUUUAUAUUUGGAUAAAAUAAAACAACUAGACGAAGAGUUGCAUGGAAAACCAUUGUCCUUAUUAAAAUAUAUUGAUAAAAAUUAUGCUGAAAUGUGCCAAACAGAAGAUAAAAGCCAAUUAUUUAGCUUAAUGAUAAACCAAAGUUGGAUACCAGAAGUCAAGUCUGAAAGAAAUGGUUCUCAGAUAAAGAGUUAUAAGAAACCUAGUGAAUGUUGCGAUAAAAAAUACGAGUCGUUGGUUUUUCAUACUAAACCAAUCGUUGAUUAUGAGGUUCAAAAUGAUAAAUUGAGAGCAAUUCUUGGAUGGAAUGAGCCACCACCAAUAAGUCUAGUAAUCGAAGAAUUAUUAAUAACUAUCGAAAGAUAUCAUAGUGAUAAAAAUAAAAAAAAUUUUGAUUUUUAUAAAAAAAAAAAGCUCGAUAAAAAAGUUCGAUCCAUUUAUCAGCAUUUUAACGAUGUUAUUGAUGAAGACUCUAAUCUAGAAAUGCUUAAGUCAAAGUUAAAAGAUAAAUCUUGGGUUUUGAACAGCGCAGAAUUCUACAAAACAAGUCAAUUAUUUUUUGAUCGUUUUAAUGUGGAUGGAUAUAUAGUCCAAUUAUCUCAUGAUAAUUCAAGUAACUAUAAAAAAUUUUUCAAAAAAAUGGGAGUGAAAGAUCAACCAGAUGUGACAUAUAUAAUAUAUGUGGUUAAUAAAAAAAUUGAAGAAAUCAAAAAUGCUAGAGAGACAAAAUCUAAUAAUAAUAACAUUCAUCUAUUAAAAUUUAAAUACGAUACUGAAAUUAAUGAAAUUUUUCGACUUUAUGAAAGAUUGUCUGAAAUCAAAUCGUCCAAGGAGUCAUCAUUAACGAAGGAAGAAUUGUUAGCUAUCGAAGAAUUGCUGAUACCAAAUAUGAAUGAUGGUUUCGUUAAAAUAAAAGAUGCUUUAUUUAAUGACAUGGCCAAUAACUUCAUACAAUCGGAUGAAAUAUUAAAUAAAUUGGUUCAUGAUGGAAUUCCUAAAGUUGUCACAAAUAAACUCUCCAUAAAGAAUUAUAGCGAAGUCAUUAUAAAUGAUGCAGACAUUGGUUUGGAGGAAUUCGGGCAACAUGAACAUGUCGUCUUUCAAGAAUUUUUACAAAAUGCUGAUGAUGCAAAAGCAACAAGAUUUUCAGUAAUAAUUGACAAAGGUCAAUAUAAUAAAGACCCAGAAAAAGCAUCAUUAUUAUCGAAAGGUAAUGGUUUAGAACAUUGGCAAGGGCCUUCGAUUCUUAUUUACAAUGACAAGACUUUUACUGAAGAAGAUUUGGUCAAAAUAUGUGAACUGGGUACUGGUAGUAAAUGGGAUGAUUUAACAAAAAUUGGUAAAUUUGGAUUGGGAUUUAAUUCCUGUUACAACUACACAGAUUUACCAAGUUUCAUUACGGGCAAAUAUGUUGUCAUAUUUGAUCCACAUAAAAAAUAUUUACCAAAAAAUUAUCCAGGCAUUAAAAUUAAUUUUAUAGACAAUAGUUAUAUGAUCAAACAAUUUUACGAUCAAUUUGAACCUUUUGAUAACUUUGCUUUAAACAAUGAAGAUCCUAUUUUUCAAUUUAAAAAGCCAUUUCCUGGAACACUAUUUAGAUUACCACUUAGAAAUAGUAAAGUCAAAAGUUUAAUUUCUACAAAAAUGGAUAAUAUUUCCGUAAUCAAAGAAUUAUUAUUGGAAUAUAGAGAUCAGAUGUUAUCAGAAUUAAUAUUUCUUAGAAAUAUUAAAUCAAUGGAAGUUUACGAGAAAUUGGGAAAAACCUUUCCACCAAUAUUAAAAUGGAAAGUAGAUGUAACGAAUAUUUCCAAUGAAAAUUAUAGAACAGAUCUUGGCAAAUAUUCUAGUACAUUUUAUUUAUCAACAAAACUUUUUGAAGACAGUGCUAAAUUUGAAGUAUCAACCAAUUGGUUAAUAUGUUCUAGUGGCAUGGAUGAAGAAAUCGAAGACGAAAAUUUAGAAAAAUAUUCAAAAGAACAUAAAUUGAAUCAUUCAUCCGGAAUUGCUAUAUUACUUGAUUAUGAAUCAAUAAGAAGUCCAACUACAAAUCUAGUCGGUAAGAUCUAUUCAAACUUGUCGUUGCCUUUAAAAACUGGGCUUAAAUUUAAUUUGAAUUCAUGUGGCUGGGAAUUAUCAUCAGACAGAAAUAAUAUACAAAUCGCACGGCAAGGCAUGCAUGAUGAUAAAGCAGUUUGGAAUAAUUUUAUACUUGAUAAAAUAUUGCCAGUUGUUUAUAUCAGAUCGAUUAAAUCUCUAAUUGAUAAUAUUAAUAAUAAUAGUCACAAAUUAAAGCAUCAUCAAAUUAUUUCUAAAUAUUGGCCGAUUACAAAAUAUUAUAGUUCUUUUGGAAGCAAUGUUUUAAAGUUGAUUAGCGAAAAAGAUCAUAAGGUAUUUUGGAGUGAAUUAGAUAACGGGAAAUUUGUUGGAUUUAGUGAAGCUUAUAUUGGAGAUUAUUCAAUUGAAAGUGUCGUUUUUGAUUAUCUUUUGGACAAUGGCAUAGCUGUAGUGAAAUUACAAAGUGAAGAAAUAAAGAGUUUUGAUGAUUAUAAUAUCCCAUAUAAGAAAGUCAACGCGAAAUUAGUUAAAGAUCUUAAAGAGACUGAUUUAUAUAAUAAAUUUCAAACUGAUAAAUUUCAGAAUUCUACAAAAAUUAAAAAUUUUGAUUCUUUCACUAUAUCAAAAGUUCUCGAAGCUGAUUUACCAAGAAAUUCUUGUAUAGAUUACAACCCAAGUUCAUUGGAAAUACCAAAUAAAUAUUGGCUUGAUGAAAUAUGGCGUAUUAUCAAUUACAGCAAAGAUAUUGAUCCAGGUCUAAGUGGAUUCCCACUGAUUGAAAUUUGUGAUGAAAUGGAAUCAGACGAAUUUAAGUCUAAUAAAUUAAUUAGUUUAGAAGAGGCCAGAAGAAAAAACCCUUUAUCAAAAUCAUAUGAUGACAAAUUAAACAAAAUUUUGGUUAAACUUAAUAUAAGAAUUGCAACUAGGUCUUUAGAAGGUUAUGUAUUGGAACAUAAUAAUAUUAACUUGAUUAUAUCAUUGAGGAAUUAUGAGUGUUAUGAUAGGAUUAGUUCGCUCAGUGCAGAUGAAAUUGAUUAUCUUAGAUCUUGUAUUUCAGCAAAUUUAUUAAACAAUUUAAGUAAUUAUAAUAGAAAACUUGAAAUACAACAAAUUUUAACAAACCUUCCAAUUUGGCGAACUUAUUCAAGGACACCGAUUUAUCAAAGAUCUAGUGAUGUUUAUUUAUUACCUGAAGACAUUCCAUACUUUCCUACGAAUACCGCCGUUCGAUUUGUCAAGCUAAAGAGUAGCGAUAGAUCGACUGCAAAAAUUUUCAGUAUUCGAGAACGUUCAUUAUUCGAAUAUAUUACAAAAGACAUAUUACCAUACAUAAGCAGAAAUAUGACUGAAGAUUUAAAAGGAAAAUACGUGAACAUUUUAAAUUCAACUUUUCAGAAAUGUGAUGCAAAUUUGAUUAACUAUCUUAAAACAAGAUCAUUUUUACCAAAUAUAACUUUCGAAAGGUUGUAUUCUGCAAGAGAUUUGUAUGACACAAAUAAUAAAAUUUUUAAAGAUUUAUUCCAAUAUUCAAAAAAAUUUGUGCAUCCAGAAUUGCAAUCAAAUCCAAAAUCCUUGGAAGUUCUUAAAUCAUUGGGCUUUAUUCAUAAUUUAUAUUACGAAGACACUUUUAUAAAAUGUGCCGAGGAAAUAGAAACUCUGUCAUGCACAGACAUAAGCAGCGCUGAUAUUAAAAAUUUAGUUCAAGUAUCGGAAAAUCUAUUAGAUUAUUUAUAUACUAAUAUUGAAAGUGGUUUAAUACCUGAAGAAGAUACUCUAUUCAAAAUCAAGUUUGUUCCUAUAUCAUCAAAUGGCGCCUUAAAUGCUCCAUACAAAUACCAUACGCCUGAAUUAUCAAGCGAAUCACAAGUUUUUGAAUGUUUCAACAAUUUGGCCUUAAAAAAAAAUUUAGAAUUGUGUUGGACGCAAAAGUUCUUUUACUCGGAAAAGGUUGUACCUCAUGGUAAGAUUUUAAAAAUCUAUCAAUCAAUCGAGAAACCGAGUAUAGAAAUAGUUAUUGAGCAUUUGAAGCGUAUCGCAAACGACUUAUCAAGAUCAGAGAAAUGGGAACACCAAAAAAAAUUGUUGUUUGAAGUAGUCGAGAAAAUUUAUGCAUAUUUCGAAUCAUUAUGUGGUACAGAUGAGGAUGAGGAUGAGUUGCUGAAAUCAUCGUUUGAUGGUCAAAAGCUUAUACUCAAUGGCACUGAUCCAUAUGAAAUUAAUAAUUGGGUGGAAGGAAAGCACCUGGUUAAAAAAAUUAGAUCAGAUAUUGAUGAUGAAAAAAGAGCAAUUGCUGAAUAUUUGUUGGAGAAUUAUCCAAAGCUUUUAAAUUUAGUCGGUGUAAUUGAUUUGGAGAUCCCACAACCACCACCAAUACCUUCUCUUGAAUCAGCUUCUGAUUUAAUUAACAAUUUUAAAAUCCACGAAACUUUAUUAAAUGAUCUUGAUAAAGAUUCCAUUUUUAAUAAUAUUACAUUCGAAAUCAACAACGAUAAAAUAUCUGCAAAUUUAUAUAUUUUAGCAAUUUCUUCUGAAUUUUUCAAAGAUUAUUUAAAACAAGGUAAAUUAAACUCAAUAUCAACAUGUUCAUUAACUGAAAUAGAUAAUGUUCAACCGGACAUUCUCAGAACAAUUAUUAGAGUUUUAUAUGGACAAACUUUAGAUAAUGCAGUUAAAUGCGUAUUUCCAAAUGAAGAUUUGCAAACAGAUAAAUUAUUUGAAUGCUUAAGGCUAUCAAGUUUAUUGAAAAUCAAAAAUCUCAAAGAGUAUCUCGAAUGCAAAUUAUGUUCAAUCUUAGCUAGUAACCUACAAAAAUUUAAAGAAUUUGCUAAACAAGUGAAUGGACAAGUAGAAUAUCCAAUAUUAAGGAAAUAUUGUGAAGAAGUUUUAAAAGAAAAUCCCAAUGUAAUGGAAUAA